GAGCCAUCACCAGCAUCAGCAUCAGGACAUGUCGACAGUCAGCUGCAUUUUUAGGCAAAAAUUACAUGAUUUAGAGGCCAUAAUACGGAAAUGUGGAUAUUUGGGUAUGGAUCAUUGACAUGGAAAACUGAUUUUCCAUAUACGAAAUGGUUUGUUGGCAGCGUGGAUGGCUAUGCCCGGAGAUUUUGGCAAGCCAGUAUGGACCACAGAGGAGUGCCCGAUAAGCCUGGAAGAGUAGUCACCCUCAUUGAAACUCCUGGGGAGCAAGUAUGGGGUAUUGCUUAUCAUGUUGCAGAGAGUGACAGAGCUAGUGUGAAGGAGUACCUAGACUUUCGGGAAAAGAAUGGCUACACCACCAAAGCGAUAAUGUUCUAUCCGCUGCAGUCUGAGAAAAAUUCCGUCCAAGAACCGUUCGAGGUCCUGGUCUAUAUCGCCACCCCCUGCAACCCUGCGUUCCUGGGACCGGCUCCUCUCGAAGAGAUUGCCAAUCAGAUUGUUAGUUCUGAAGGACCAAGCGGAAAGAACAAGGACUACUUGCUGCAACUGGCUUCGACCAUGAGAAAGCUGGUCCCAGACUGCAACGACACCCAUUUAUUUGAGCUGGAGACAUUAGUGAAGAGACUGAUGUCAGAAGAUCAUCAUCAAACAGAGCUUCCUCAAAACAAGAUAAAUGAAAUGACAGCAUGAUGCUGAAUAACACAAGUUGAUUUGUACUAAACUUGAGGUUCACUAUUACCUACUGAUUGAACAGUGUAUGUGUGUGUGUUGUUUUUUGUUUUUUUAUUUUUCAAUGUUAAGUACAGCAAUACUUCUCUCCCCCCCCCCCCCCCAGAAAAAAGGACAAAUUAAUAUUUGAAAUGCCAAUUGGUAAAAUCAAUUAAUUGACCAGUUCAUAUGCCAAAUAAUUAGCCUCGGUCCUAAAGAUUAGCAAAUGGAUAGCAAUAAUCUAAUAUUGUAUCAUAAUGCUGAGAGAGUAGAGAGAAUGCUAUCUUAAUUUGUCGGUGAUACAAAGUUACCCGACAUUGGCCUUAUGGUGCUAUGACCCAUAAUGGAAGAGUUGUCUGCCACUACAUCUCAUCGACACUAUUUUGCCAAAUUGAGAUUCCCUCACGCAUAUAGUGAUUCCAACUUUCAAAAAUUCAUGAUUAUUGUACAUUGUGCUGUUAUGACCAAUCAGGGUAGAUCGAUCGAAACGUGACUGCCUGUAUUCAAAGGUAGAUAAGGAAUUGUUCUUUCAUGAAAGAUUCAUAUUUUAGAAUAUAUUAUAUUGAAGUGUGAGGUAAUAGUACAUAUUUAAACAAUUUUAUAUCAGAUGCUGCAUAUAACCAAUAACCAACUAAUUUUCAAGUUGAUCUUUUUUUAAUGAUAAUUUUUAUUAGUUUAGUAUAUUAAUAUAUUUUAAAGACAAAUAUUGAUGCAAUCUAAAUUCCAGCACGAACCACCUUUACAGUUGUCUUUAGAAAUGUGUGUGUACUCACUAUUUCUCUUAUAAAUUCUUAAGUUUCUUGCCUCAAAAACUUAUGAAAAUAACAAUUUCUUUAAAAAAA